AUGGGACCCAGGGUUUCUCACCUCCACCGGCGCCAAAGGAGUGCUGUUGCCCGGCUCGCGGGUGCCCUAACGUCUUUCCGAGGCCCACGCGCAGUUUUCCUCGGCAUUCAGGCCUACCCACUAGCGGCCAUGCGCCGCGGCGUAUCCCGGGCUUGCUUCUCUGUAUUUGCUUUGCAAUCUUUACUCCUUCAGGAAAACACACUGAACACCCUAUUUUCCAUUGCAUUUUCUUUCUUUGCAGAGUCUGAUGUGAAUGCUACACAGGGAGAAAAUCAGCCAGAUCUAGAGGAUCUGAAGAUCAAAUUAAUGCUGGGAAUCUUGUUGAUGACCCUCCUCCUCUUUGUGGUCCUCUUGGCAUUCUGUAGUGCUACACUGAACAAACUGAGGCAUCUGAGUUAUAAAAGUUGUGAGAGUCAAUACUCCGUCAACCCAGAGCUGGCCACGAUGUCUUACUUUCAUCCAUCAGAAGGUGUUUCAGCUACAUCCUUUUCCAAGAGUGCAGAGACCAGCACAUUUUUGGGUACCACUUCUUCAGAUAUGAGAAGAUCAGGCACAAGAAAAUCAGAAUCUAAGAUAAUGACAGAUAUCAUUUCCGUAGGCUCAGAUGAUGAGAUGCAUGUAAACGAUGAGUCAGUUACCCGGUGAAGAAAUCGAGGAACCCGGUGAAUAAAUCAUACUGAUGAAUAAAUAACUUUAAUUAUUUUGUCAUCAAAAGACCUUUCUUUAUGUCUUCUGUUAAUGUCAUGAGUUUGAAACUCUGCUGAGACAAACAUUCUGGUGUCUUAAAAGGAGGACAGACUCAAUAAAAAUUGUCUCUCGGUUAUAAAAUUUAAUGG